GCCUUCACUCGUAAAAGCAGGUAACAGACAGACUAACUUUUCGUUCGCACGGUCAUUGUGACUGCACCAGAGAUGGUAUCUUCUCAGAUUUUACGUCGUUUGUGCGCGUUUGCACUCAACAAACCUGUUUAUCAUGGUAGAGUUAUCUCAGCAUGUGAACUGAAGACUUCAUCCGUCAAUCACAGCGAAGGACCACCUGAGCCAGAGUCAGUUGUGACGUACAAACAGCUCAAAGCUUUGCUGGCCAAUCACAGCGUGCAGCUAUUUGACGUCAGGAAUCCCGAUGAAUUCCAGGCUGGCCAGAUUCCUGAUUCCGUCAACAUUCCUUUGGGACAGCUUGAGGAGUCUCUAAACCUUGCACCACAACGGUUUCAACAGCAGUUUGGGGUGAAAGCCCCUAAAAAGGAAGAUGAUGACAUAGUUUUUCAUUGUCGAAGCGGGAAAAGGAGUUUGACUGCUCUUGAAAUUGCUCACCGUUUGGGAUUCUCUAAGGCACGGCAUUACGCAGGCGGUUACAUGGAUUGGGAAGCGCGCGAGAAGAUGUAACAGGAUUAACUGAGCCGUGUUUUGUGUUAACUUCACUGUAACUGGACCAGUAAUCUGGAAAUAGAAGAUAAAAAAAAAUACUGAUUUAGGAAACUGAAGAAAGUUGCUUAUUUUGCUGUUUACAAAGAUCUGAGUUAUUAUUAAUAUAGUUUAUUGGCUCGACAAUUAUGUAAUUUGGAUCAUAUUUCAUUAAGAUGUGAUUAUUAAUUAAUGAGUGUAUUAGAAUCAUAUAGUUUGAUGAUAUAUUUUAAUAAGGCGAUUAUCACAAUGAAGCAAAGCUUUUUCAGAUAAAUACUUUUGCUCCUUCACACUGAACCAGAUGGAUAAUUACAUAUAUAUUUACAAAUCUGCUUCAUUAAAAUAUUUUUAAAAAGGC